AAAGGAAGGCAGAAGCAUUAGAAUUGGAAGAUCUGAAAUUCAUGAAGAAUUACCUACCACUACAACAACCACUGAUUCAUUUAUAGAGACACUACAAACAACCAUAAAUCUUGUAAAUGUUUUAAAGAAAGAGGAAGUUGAAAGGAUAUUAAAAGAAGAGGAAGAAAAAAUUGUUUAUAUAAAAAAUUCGUUAAUUACUAUUUCUGAAAGAAUAUUAAAUUAUGAUGAUAACAAAGAGAGCAGAACCACAGAAGUAUCUGAUGAUGAUAUCUCAACAAGAGGGUCAGAUUAUUAUGACAAAUACACAUUCAGUCCUGAUGAAUUUAAAAAGAAAGCCACAGAGCUUAUUAAAAAAUAUCCAAAAAUGAAAAAUAUUCCCAAAAUAAUGUGUUCAAAUAUAUCAAACUUGAAACUUGAUGGUAACGACUUAUUUUCAAAUGGAGUCAUAUCUAAAUAUUUUAUCAAAAAGGACCAUAAAAUUGUCUAUGACAAAUUGCAUAAUUCUGGGUUAAUUGAGGAUUUUGAAUUGAAAAAUUUUCCCAAUAUAAAGCUUGGAGUAAACGAAAAGAAUUUUAUUCAAUCUUUCAUGUUGGAUAAGGACAUUUCCAUUCCAUCUUUGAAUAAGGAUUUUUACUAUACACUUAUAUCAUUAUUGAGAAAUUUCAAAAAAAUUUGGUAUAAAAAGUCAUAUCAAAAUAAAGAUUGCAAAGUCAAUGAGAGAACUUACUCUCAUAAUGUGGCAAAUGCUUUGAUGGAUUUUAUGCUGUAUGAUGUAAAAAAUAUUGAAGAGAAAUGGGAUGGAUGUACUUGUCAGUCAACAGACUUUAGAAACAAUGUUGGUGGACCAACAAAAUUUCCUGAUUUCUUUUCAUUUUUCAAUUUCACAGAUGAGCACCAUUUUGAUUUUCUAUUCUGCGAAAUAAGUAAUGGUCCUUUUCCAACAAAUUUGAAUCACAAUGAUCAUGUUUUAGGUGACUUAAAAAGACUUGGAAAAUUUUCCAAGGAUUCCUUUAACCAUGAUCAUUUCUUUUUUAAGAAACAUGAAAAUUAUAAGCAGCUCUGUUCUUAUCUGGAUCAGCUUAAGAGGAUAAUGGUUCAUUUUCAUGAAACCUCUGUUGAUUUUUACAUUCUUGAUAGACAUUUUUAUCCAUUUCAUAGAAUGAGUGCUGUCAAGACUUUAACAAUUCCCUUAUUUUCUGAUCUAUUUCAUGUAAAAUAUGACAAGAUGGUGAAAUUAUGUGAGACUUUAAUGAGUCUCAAUAAUAUAAUAUCCCACAAUUUUAAUGUUUUACUUGAGGUAGAGUCUAUCAUAAAUCCCAGUCCAUCUACACCACAACAUAAAGCACAAUCUGGGUCAUCACCAACAUCUUCCGGAAGCUUGUUUAAAACAUAUAAUUCAUAG